GCUUGGGCUCGUCACGUGUGAGGCCGUGAAGGGGGCGUGAAGAUGGCGGCGGCCGGGUGUCUGUACCGGAGGACCAGCCGAGAGUUAUGGACCAUUCUGCUUGGACGCUCUUCCAUGAAAGAUGGGCAUCAGAUCAAAGCAGAGCUGGACAGAUAUGGAGACCGGCUCCUGCAGGGACUGGCAUACUACAGGCCCCCCAGCACAAGCUCCACAGGCAAAGUGAAAGCCAAUAAGAAUCUGUCCCCUGCCCUACAGGAGCUUGGUUUGCGACUCAGCAAAUUUCUGGGCCUGGAUGAAGAGCAGAGCGUGGAGCUGUUACAGACUUACCUGCUGUAUGAUUACAGAGGGACACAGGAAUCUGUAAAGGGUGUGCCACAAGAUGAGAGGCAGAGUCAAGCACUGAUGCUGAAGAUGGUAGAUUACUACUAUGAAGAGAGAAUUUCCCUGCUGCGCUGUGUCCUGUACAUUCUGAAUUAUUUCCAGGAUGACAAGCAUCCCUAUAGCGCAGAAUUCUCCAAAUGUGUGGAAAUGAUGGAGCAGAAGGAAUUAUUCGGCAAGUACCUGAAGCAGUUUGAAAGCCUCUGCAGGGAGGAGGCCCCAACAUGGGAAACACAUGGAAACUUCAUGACGGAGCGCCAGGUGUCCCGGUGGUUUGUGCAGCGAUUGCGGGAGCAGGCCAUGCUCUUGGAGAUCAUAUUCCUAUAUUUUGCCUGUUUUGCUGCUUCCCCAUCCGACCUGCUAGCACUGACCAAACUGUUCAAGGAGCAAGGCUUCGGGUGCAGGCUGCAAAACCGCCACCUUGUAGAACCAUCAAUGGACCCUCUGGUGGAGAGAAUCGGGUACUUCUCUGUUUUAAUCUUUUUGGAAGCGCUAGACAUUGAAACUCUUAUGACCUGCUCUCUCAGUGAUAAAACAGAGCAGCAUCCAUUUUCUUCUGAGGAGCAGGUCUGCAAGGAGAUGGACAGUGUUUUGGUUACGCUGGGAGACGCCCCACACCAUGGACCUGUGCUGCUGGCCUGGGCCCUGCUGCGUUUUGCUCUGAAUGCUGACAAGGUUACCCCCACUGUCCGUAAAAUGGGCAGCACCGCCAUCCAGCUCCAUAUCUUUCAGUACUUAACCCGAAUGCUUCAAUCUCUUAGAAGUGGGGAGAAUAAUUGUACGACCAGCACGGCUUGUUUGUGUGUCUACACCUUCCUGACUUUUGUGCUCACAAACCUAGAGGAACAAGUCUUACAGAGCCAGCAGGAUCUUGUAGACACAGCUUUCCAGGUGUUUGCUGCUCCGAAUCUGCCUGAUCUGUUCUGGAACAUGGAACCCACAGCAGGCCUGGGGAUCCUUCUGGACAGCGUGGUUGGGAUGUUCCCCUUUCACCUCUCGCCUCUCCUGAAGCUUUUCACUGCGCUUGUCUCCAAGUCUUCUGCAAAGAAGGUGUACAGUUUUCUAGACCGGAUGUCCUCUUACACAGAGCACUACCGCCACAAGCCUCACGAUAUUCUCUCGCACGAGGAUGAGACACUAUGGAAGAGACAGACCCCUAAAGUGCUGUAUGCACUAGGACUGGGACAAACAAACUUGCGCAUCCCUCAAGGGACCAUAGGGCAGGUGAUGGCCGAUGAACAUGGCUUCCUGGUCCGCUGGGAGUAUUCCUACAGCUGCUGGACUCUGUUUACCUGUGAGAUCGAGAUGCUGCUGCAUGUUGUGUCCACAGCUGAUGUGAUCCACCAGUGCCAAAGGGUGAAACCCAUCAUUGACCUAGUUCAUAAGGUUAUCAGCACAGACUUGUCCAUAGCUGACUGUCUUCUGCCCAUCACAUCCCGGAUUUACAUGCUCCUACAGAGGUUAACGACAGUAAUGAACCCGCCGAUGGAUUUCCUCUCUUCUUGUGUUGACUGCCUCGCUGCUUUAGCCACACGUAUGCCUGCAAAGGUUUGGAUAGACCUACGACACACAGGGUUCUUGCCCUUUGCAGCAAAUCCUGUCUCUGGGCACAUCAUUAGCACUGAAGGGAUGAAUGCUGGCGGUUACGGCUCACUUUUCGGCAUUGAGCAGUCACAAGGGGAAUACAGCAUCACGCUCUCUUUUCUCCGUCUGGUCACCACCUUAGUGAAGGGGCAGUUGGGAAGCACCCAAAGCCAGGGCCUUGUGCCCUGUAUCCUGUUUGUGCUGCGUGAAAUGCUUCCUAACUACCACAGGUGGCGCUAUAAUAGUCACGGCGUGAGAGAACAACUUGGCUUCCAGAUCCUGAGUUUGAUUCAUGCAAUCCUCAACUUAUCCCCUGAGGAAGAGGAGAGCACCAGCACCCCAAACUUGCAGUCCCUGUGCAUCUUCAGCCUGACAAACACUGAGGCAGGACAGGCGGUCAUUAACAUCAUGGGGGUCGGAGUGGACACGCUCAAUGCGGUCAUGCUGACUCAGGCUGGGAGCAGUGGCACAGAGGGCCAAGGGCAGAUGCUCAUGCAAACCAUCAAACUGGCUUUUUCCAUCACCAAUAAUGUGAUCAGACUGAAGCCCCUUUCUAGUGCCAUCUCGCCACUGGAGCAUGCACUCACUCAGCACGGAGCUCAUGGGAACAAUCUAAUUGCUGUCCUGGCCAAAUAUAUUUAUCACAAAUAUGAUCCGUCGCUGCCCCGGCUGGCCAUCCAGCUGCUGAAACGCCUGGCCAUGGUGGCACCUAUGUCAGUGUACGCCUGUUUGGGCAGUGAUGCAGCCGCCAUUAGGGAUGCCUUCCUGAGCCGCCUGCGGGAUAACAUUGAGGACAUGCAGAUCAAGAUUAUGAUAUUGGAAUUCCUUACUGUUGCCGUGGAGACGCAGCCUGGACUCAUUGAGCUUUUCCUCAAUUUAGAGGUGAAGGACACAAACGAGGGCUCAAAGGAGUACAGCCUCGGGGAGUGGAGCUGUUUGCAGGUUGUGCUGAAGCUUAUUGAUUCCCAAGAUCCCGAGAGCUCCUGGGGAGCCCCUCUGCUCCACCGCUCGGCCAUCGCUUUCCUCCACGCCCUUUGGCAGGAUCGGCGGGACAGCGCCAUGACUGUGCUCAGAACCAAGCCCAACUUCUGGGAGAACCUGACAAGCCCCCUGUUUGGGACACUGGCGUUUCCAUCGGAAUCCUCAGAGCUGAGCAUCCUGGAGACCUGCGCUUUCAUAAUGAAAAUUAUUUGCCUCGAGAUUUACUAUGCAGUGAGGGGUUCUCUUGGUGACUCCCUGAAAAAGAUCCUAAAGAAAUUCUCUGAGGAAGAGCGAUUCACUUACUGGUCUAACUACGUACAUUCCUUGGUGUGCCAGGUGGCUGAGAGUGAGGGGGCCUGUAACUCGCUCACUGAGUAUCAGCAGCUGCUGUCAGCUUGGCGGAUGUUUCUCAUGGUCGCCACGCACAAUGCAGAUGUAAUGCACCUGACCAAUCCUGAGGUCCGACAGAAGCUAUUUAAGGAUGUCUUGGGCGGCACUCAGGCUCUGCUUCUUGUUCCCAGAUCCAUGACUUGCCUGCACCUCGGCUCCAUGCUUUGCACUGUGAUGAUCAUCUUACUCAGGAGGUGGAAAAGUGACCUAGCAGCGCCUGAGGACAUUCUCAGCUCUCUGACACAGAUUCUGGAGGGGGUCCUGCAGAAAGAUCAGCAGCUGGUGGAGAAGACCAAAGCCCGAGUCUUUGCCGCCCUCAUCUCUGCGCUAGAGAUAAAGCCAAUGAAAGCCAGUGAGAUCCCCCAGUACCCCCAAUUGGUGCUCAAUGUGUGCGAGACCCUGCAGGAAGAAGUGGUGUUUCUUGUGGAUCACACACGCCAAGAGGUCCCCGCUAACGACGCAUCCGAGGACAAGGACAGCAUGGAGACCGAGGACACAGGCCGGAUCCGGCAGAAGGACCAGCGUGAUGGAGUGUGCGUGCUGGGGCUGCAUUUGGCCAAGGGACUGUGUGAGGCGGACGAGGAGGGUGACCAGUGGCAGCAGGUACUCAGGAAGCUUCCAGUUCUGCCCAUGCUCUUCAGUGCCCUGGAGGUCAGCCUGCGCAUCAAGCAGAAUCUCCACUUCUGUGAAGCCAUUCUCCACUUCCUGUUCACUCUAGCAAAAACACACCAGGGAGCCGCUGCCAUGGCAGGUGCUGGCGUCACUCAGACUGUGUGUUUGCCUCUUCUUAGCGUGUACCAACUGAGUUCCAAUGGGGCCAGUACGGCUCAGCCAGCUCUGUCGCUCCGCAAAUCCCUGGAUGCCCCUUCCUGGCCUGGGGUCUACCGACUUACUGUGUCACUCAUGGAGCGCCUGCUGAAGACCUUGAGGUACAACUUCCUGACCGAGGCGCUGGACUUUGUAGGAGUUCAUCAGGAACGGAUUCUACAGUGUCUGGGCGCUGUGCGCACCGUACCGAGCCUGGCCUGUUUGGAAGAGGCAGAUCAUACGGUGGGCUUUCUGCUGCAGCUUUCCAACUUCACCAAAGAGUGGCAUUUCCACCUCCCGCAGCUGAUUAAGGAUGUUCAGGUGAAUCUCUGUUACCUGUGCCAGGCCUGCACCUCUCUCCUGCACAGCCGCAAGAUGCUGCAGCACUACCUACAGAUAAAGAAUGGAGAAACCAUGUCCUCCACUGCAACCCCUCGUGGGCAGCGCACUCCCCAGACGCCAUCUAAGCAGCCGACAGCAGAGAGUGAGGCGCUGGAGCUGAGGCAACUGCGUUCUGUUCAGCACAGCCUCCUGAAAAUUUUGGGCAAAACUCUGGCCACCCUGCGAGCAUUUACCCCUGACCUCUGCCAAAUCCUCCAGGUUCAGCCUCUGGACCUGGCCCAAUAUAAUCUCCUGUUUGCACUGAGUUUCACCACACCAGCUUUUGAUGCAGACGUUACCCCUUCCUUUGGGACCCUUUUAGCUACCGUGAAUGUAACGCUGAGCAUGCUGGGAGAGAUGGAUAAAAAGAAAGAUCACCCCCUCGGUCAAGUACUGGGAGAGACCAACAGCACAGUAGACAACAAGAACAUCAAGUCUUUGCUGCUCUUCAUUAUGGAGAACUGCUUCUACCUGUUGAUAUCACAAGCUGUGCGUUACCUUCGGGACCCUUCCGUUCACCCCCGGGACAAGCAGCGCAUGAAGCAAGAACUAAGCUCGGAGCUGAGUACCCUGCUGUCCAGCCUGUCUCGUUACUUCCGGAGAGGUGGCCCCUCGUCUCCUGCCGGCGGCCUCAUGCCCUCCCCUCAGCCUAAGGGUGCAUCGGCUGCAAAGGUGGUCCCUGAAGCCCAGGAGCCCCUCAUCCAGCUGGUACAAGCCUUUGUGCGCCAUGUACAGAGAUAAAGGAGCUCCACCCACCCAGCAACAGUUACAUUAUGUACAGACUUGCCUCAGUAAUGGGCACAAGGGGCACCCAGAUCCCUGCACCACCUGCAUUCAGAAGGAAUAAACUGCCUUGGAACAAACCCCACCAUGCAGCUUACUGUAUGUAACCCCAUUUGUUUGAGAUCUGUGGGUCUCCAUCUUUGCUUGUUGCACCCAUGGAUUUUGCUGUACAUGAGCAAGAUGGGGUGGGGAACCUGUGCCAGCGAGAAUGUUUUUUUACUUGCCUGUGUGCCCUUUUUCUUGUAUCUUUUUUUUUUUUGGGAAACACCUUAUUUAUACAAAAAUUAAAAAGAACAACCUGUUACUUAUUCA